AUGGUGAAAGAUGCGACGUUCUUUGCUAUGUCUAUAGGAGCCUUCGCUUUAUGACAAACCAUUGACAAAAUCCAUGUCUAGAUCUCUCUUCAUCAAGAUGAGAUUGAGAAGCAAGAGAGGAUGGAGAAGGAAGCAGAUAUCAGAAGAUUGAGAGCAGAUCAAAUUAGAGAAAACAAAGAGUGGAAGUCUCUUGCCUAA